CUGCAUACAUAUCUCAACCGCAACAGACCCUGAGACGGCGGAGUUCAUCGUGUUCAAACUCAUGAACUUUAUGCGCAUACAUCCCUUCAAAUCGGAUGCCGUCAAGAGCCUUCUGAAAAAUCAGCGGCAAUAUUUCGUUGGGAAGAUAUGGUGUGCGCUGCUAAGUAAGUUCUCAAAUGUUUCGACUAGAUCAAGGGUUUCCUAGUCAAUUAAUGUCCGGGCUUCUGCCACUCAGGUUUGGGCGACGGGGUAAGUACCAAGGGUAAGCCGCUGUAUAUGGUAUAUGUUAAGAUAAGAUACUUUGUGAAGGAUUGGAAUAAAUAUCCACAAGUGUAUGGUCAAUGGCUGUCGGGACCCCCGGAACUUUGGUCUCAGCCCCCUAUAUUUAGUUUAGUUGUUUUUGUUAAAUACUGGAUAUUGAGUCAAACAAGGGUAGAGAAAUAAACAAAGAGCACAACGCUCGAUUAACUACGGAGUAUUUAUGUGUAACUAAUGCUGAUAGGCCGAAACCAAGGCAAACAACUGCGGGAUACAUAGCAAGCACAACAAACAUGGCAACCUUCCGGUUGCAACAGCGUCCUUUCGUCCCUCUAAACUCACCUGGCAACAGGCAAUAACGAUUGUGUUGUUUGCUAUUUGCCGUGACAAAAAUGUCUAAGCCAGCGAGUCCCCCCGCCACAGUCUGGCAAGGAAUCGACCGUGCCUUGGCAAGCCAAAUCGAAGCUACCUAUGUUGCUCGACAGAGAGCUCAUUUACGUGCCGAGAGGACGCCGGCUGCUACUUUCGUCAUUGACAGUGCCUCGUGCGACUCGUUCAAAACACAUGUGAAGUCAUCGAAGCGUAUCCUCACGCUUCUUGGGGCUGGACUAUCUGCUGCUUCCGGGAUCGGAACAUAUGUGGAUGAAGGCAGAUUCUGGAGAACUCACAAUGUUCGGCGGUUAUGUACAUACGGUGCAUUUCGCGAGGACCCAAGCCGGGUAUGGUGGUUCUAUAGCGAUAGGCGAAGAGGGGCGAUGAAGGCAGAACCCAACAAGGCACAUUACGCCCUGGCCAAGCUGGCUAGGAAAUUGGGAAAUGGGAUGCUGACCGUGUGUCAAAACAUUGAUAGACUUUGCCCCCGCGCUGGACAACCUGAAACUUCUACUGUCUAUCUGCAUGGCGAUUACUUCACGAUCAAAUGUAGCUCAGAGAGCUGCACAUAUAGCCGCGCGGACGAUAACGACCCAAUCGUGCCCGCCCUCACGCUUCCCAGCACUCAUUCCAUCUCCGAUCCAGAUUUCCCCUUGCCUCACGUUCCAGAGGAAUCGCUUCCUCGCUGUCCUAGCUGUUCUUCUUUACUCCGCCCCGGCGUGACGUGGUUUGGAGAAACCAUGCCUCCUGCCCAGACUAAGAGGGUUCAUGACUGGCUGCAGCAAAUUGAUAGAGACCCUGAGAGCAAUGGCCACAUAGACUUGGUGCUUGUAAUCGGUACAGCUGCUACGGUUCAUCCGGUUUUGUCUUUAGUUACCCAAGCCAGAAAGAAGGGUGCCAAGGUCUGCGUUGUAAAUCCUGAUCGGGAGUCCGCGCAAAAAGUCGGGGGCAUGGAUGAAGGAAAUUGGUGGUUUAGGGGCGGUGCGGAAGAAGUAUUGCCAGAGAUUUUCAAGGAGGUCAUCGGGGACGCUGAGGAAGUUUCGUAGAAAAGCGAUAUACAAGCGCUCUGCCGACGCUUUGCUCAAAAACCCGUAGUUUUCAAACAAGUUCCGAUUUUAAAAUGAUAUUCUCAAGGCAAUCUUUCGUGAUUGCUGUGUAGUAUUAUGUCCACGAACUCACUUUUGUGAACCCAGAGAAUGUCUGUUGAUAUCUUUGACAAGUCCUUGGACGCUUGCCGCAGACGUCCACGGUUCGACGAAUACUUUCAUC